UCGUAUCAGAACCAGAAUCAUUUUCUCCUGCUCGACUUUCUUACCAUCGCACCUCUCGUCCAGAAGGGGUGUUCUCUUUGCAAGGUGGAGAAGACCUUGAAUUAAUUGGUCCUAUAUCGGGUCCACACCACGCUCUUUUCGGUAGUGCAAGCUGGGACAAAAUGACUGAAGAUAGGUUACAUGAAGCAGCAGCUGUUAGUGUGGAAAGCUCCGCGUUAGCAGGAAAAGUCGAAAAUGCGCAGGCCGCAAGGCAAGCAGCAUUGAUACAAGAUACCUCCGCAGCUUCCAUAGUUAAAAAGCUCGGUUCACCAUUGAUACAAAAGUCUCGACAGUCUGCAUCGCUCGCGUCGCCCAUUUCUGAGACUCCUUCCCGGCACUCUUCUGUUACUAAAUCGUCAACCUCACAGCCACCAUCGACCGUUGUAACUCCUUUAAGGACCAUGAGCGAUAAGGGAAAAGGGAAACGAAAAGCAGAAGAGGUGGAUAUUACACCACCUGAUCAGAAGAAGGAAGGUCAGCGGGCAACGUUUGUCAUUCCCGCCGAAGGCAGAACUCAGCGGAUAUCUGCGAGCGGAUCAUCAUCGCACGCCCCUUCUUCUUAUCAUCGCAAACGAGCCCGACUCUCCUCUCCCCCACCUCCUUCUCAGUCCAGACCUACAUCGGCCCAAACCAACCAAUUUGGUUCUUGGUCGAGCCACACCAGCUCUCGCGCACUUCCAGCACCCCGCGCACCUUCGCAUGCUGCGUCCACUCGUUCAAACAACCCACAAUCUCUUGCAAGGCAACCAUCCGACCGUCGUCGUAGCAUGUCCCAAAUCUCGAUACCAAUUAGUGCCCUCGUGUCGCCACACGUUCCAUCUAUUACCACGUCUUCCAAGUUCCAUAUGCGCGAUCCACGCAGACCACCGAAAAAACUUCACGAUACUGAGUGGUCACUGAGAUUUAAGACUGAAGAUGAACCUGGCUCACCUCUCCAUGCAUGGGCAUUUUUCAUCGGUUUUAUACUAUUCCCAGCGUGGUGGAUUGCUGCGCUUUUUUUUCGAGUCCCAAAAACAAGAACAGUUGGCGAACCGGAAAUAGAGAAGGCAGUAACGAUCGAUGAUCCCCAAGUUGAGCACGGUGCCAAGACGUGGCGUUUUCGUUGUCGUGUUAUGUCGAUCAUAUCUGUGUUCACCUACAUCCCAUUCAUCGUUCUGGUCGCCAUAUUUGUUCCUCGAUAACCCAAGCCGUUCUCAUCUUUCGCAUCGGCAUCUCAUCAUCCUGCCGGCACUGGACACUGAACAUUGUAUAGCGCUGAACUGUCUUUGGACUGCCACAAUCGUCAUUCUUUUAGGUUUUAGAU